CCUUCACCCGGAAGUGCGACAGAUUUCUGCUUUGUUCGGGAGCUUGGGGUUCUAAGGCGCCUAAAUACAGCCACUUAAUAAUCUUUACACAGUUUUAAGGGUGUACCACGGAUUAAGAUAUGUUUUAUCACAUCUCUCUGGAACAUGAGAUUCUCCUCCAUCCUCGAUAUUUUGGGCCAAAUCUGUUAAACACAGUCAAACAGAAGCUGUUUACAGAGGUGGAAGGCACGUGCACGGGAAAAUAUGGCUUUGUCAUUGCAGUGACGACAAUAGAUAAUAUUGGAGCAGGUGUUAUACAGCCCGGCAGGGGUUUCGUCUUGUACCCUGUCAAAUACAAGGCCAUUGUGUUUCGUCCUUUUAAAGGGGAGGUUGUGGAUGCAGUGGUCACUCAAGUAAACAAGGUUGGACUGUUUACAGAAAUUGGCCCAAUGUCUUGCUUUAUCUCCCGUCAUUCUAUACCAUCAGAAAUGGAAUUUGACCCAAACUCUAAUCCUCCCUGCUACAAGACGGUGGAUGAGGACAUUGUAAUCCAACAAGAUGAUGAAAUUCGACUGAAGAUUGUUGGUACUCGAGUAGACAAGAAUGAUAUUUUUGCCAUUGGAUCCCUCAUGGAUGAUUACCUUGGUCUUGUUAGUUGAUCUGUCUAAGAGCAGUCAUCUUGCAAUGUGCUUGUACAUAUAUAUUUUUUUUUUGUUUCACUGCAUUUUUUAGAUUGAAGUGGUCUAGAGAUGUUCAAGAGAAAGGGAAAUUCGAAAUCUCCUAGUACUGCUGCAUUUUAAAGCAGAAAUCAUUGUAAUAUCAGUAAAAGGAGGUUUAAAUGAGAACCAUUUUCACUGAGAAUGACAAAGCAAAUGCCUUGAUUUUCAAAUCUGUGAAGCAUUUUGUAAACCCUGAUACUUUGUUAAUGUACAUUCAAUUCGAUAAUAAAAAAAUCUGAUGCAGAUUAAAUGAAAAAAUUAAAUAAGAAUAACAACAAAAAAGCUGUUAACAGGAGUACUAGUGCAGAAAAAUAGUUUUCUAUUUUUAAUUCUAUUCUAUUUUUUUAAAAGUAUUUUCUUUUGGUGAAACAGCAUGAAUGACAUGACAAUUCAAAUAAAUACAAAACAGUACAUUUAUUUAUG